AGAGAGAGAGAGAGAGAGAGCACAGCGGAUUUAAAAGCUCCCACCUGACGAGCUAGCUUCACUUUCUUUGCUCUCACUAACUUCAGUCAUGCCGAAGAACGUCGCUUUGACCUGAUCAUCCUCCAACACACGCGAACUGAUCUCUGGUUAUCCUAAAGUCAAUCAAACAUAGAAAUACUUGGAAAUAUGACUGCUACACAAGUUGGAAUAACUUUGUUAUUUUUCACAGUUUCUGCGGGUUGCAUGGCCCGGAUUCUGGCCAGCGGGGUCAACGGCUCCUGUCUUUUCGAGGACCUGCUCUCCGGGAAGGGGCUGUCUAGAGGCUCGAACGGUUCGGACGAUUCUAACGGAUCCGCGGGGUUUUACCUCCUGGACUUUGACGAAGGGACGCUCGCCGACUGGCGCUCUUUGGCCGACAAGAAGCGCUACGGGGGAGAGUCUCAGAACCGCAGCACCAAAGCGCUGCUGGUUUCCGCCUACUCGCUGAUCAUCGUGAUCUCCCUGUUCGGGAACACCAUGGUGUGCCACGUGGUCAUCAAGACCAAGAGGAUGCACUCCGCGACGAGCCUGUUCAUCGUGAAUCUCGCGGUGGCGGACAUCCUCAUCACGGUCCUCAACACGCCGUUCACUCUGGUGCGCUUCGUCAACAGUAACUGGGUGUUCGGCAGGGUGAUGUGCCACAUCAGUCGCUUCGUCCAGUACUGCUCGCUGCACGUGUCCACGCUCACACUCACCGCAAUUGCUCUGGACCGACGCCAGGUGAUAAUUCAUCCUCUGCGUACGCGCAUGUCGUCGCUGAGGGGAGGCGUGUGGGUAGCAGUCAUCUGGAUGAUGGCCAGCUGCUUCUCCCUGCCGCACGCCAUCUACCAGAAACUACUGAGCUUUGCUUACAGGGGGCAGGAGCGCAGCCUGUGCGUCCCCGACUUCCCGGAGCCCUCGGACGUCUACUGGCAGUACAUCGACCUGCUCACCUUCAUCCUUCUGUACCUGUUGCCGCUCCUCAUCAUCACGGCCGCCUACACCACGGUGGGCCGCCACCUGUGGCGGCGCAACGCCAUUGGCGACACCACCAUCACGCAGAACGCCAACCGGCGGCGCAAGCGGCGGCGGACGUUGGCCAUGCUGCUGCUAGUGGUGGGGGUGUUCGCCGUCUGCUGGUUCCCCCUCAACUGCUACGUGGUGCUGCUCUCCAGCCAGGCCAUCCACUCUUCCAACGCCCUGUACUUCUGCUUCCACUGGCUGGCUAUGAGCUCCACCUGCUACAACCCAUUCAUCUACUGCUGCCUCAACCCCACCUUCCGACAGGAGCUGCGGCUGCUGGCCUCCGUCUUCCGGCGGCUGUGGCAGGCGCAGCGGGUGGGGGUGCCGCCGGCGGACCGCUCGGCCGGCGCGUGCGUGCCCUGCCAGAGGGCGGCGUGGCCCGACGGCAACGACGCCUCCCCCAGGCCCAGCCUGGGCUCCUCGCGGCCAAGCCACGCCUCCUCCCAGCCGAGCCACGCCUCCUCCUCCGUGUGCCCCUGCCACAACCCAAAGGACUCGCGAGUGCUUUUCCGGCAGGGGAUUUCUGGGAAAACCGACAUCUUGUCGGUGGAGCCCAUUGUGGCUCUGAGCUGAAGGAAGGGGUCGCCGAGUGUGGCUGAGACCGUAGAAACCCCCACGACUGCGACCUCUGUGGGGGGGAGACGCUCCGGCUCACUGGACGUGUGAGAGCGUUUGGACGCCCGUUCUGUAGGGAAUGUGUCAGGGGUUUGAUUCCCUGGCUGUGCGAGACACAUGUCAGCUCGUGGAUGUGGUAUGCGUGUGGUUGUGGUUGCACAGAAUGGGAGAAAGGACAAAGUCCUUGAUAUGGUGGUUGUACUGGACGUAAUGGUUUUUGGAAUGUCCUCAUUCAACCCAGAGAAGGCACUUAUGGCGCGUUUCCACCCGUGGGUGUGGUUCGGUUCGGUAUGAAUAAGUGCAGAACGGUUAGCAUUUCCAUCGCCAAAAGUGGGCGGGGUCCGGACUUAGCCGUACUUAUCUCUCAGUGCUCCUCUGUUUGGUUAGCAAGACAUCUGAAAGGGUGCCAACAAGUUUGAAAUACACGCCGUCCGUUGAUGGGUCGACAGAAUCGUCACUUCCGGGCGACAGGGGAAUAAAAAACAAACAAACACAGUACCCGCGAGGUGCUUAGUUUAUGAAGAAAAUGACGCGCAAAGGUUUGCCGUCCUUCUUGGACAUCCUACAUUGUUGCUCUUUGUUUAUAUUGUCACGUUCUUCAUUUUUUAAUUGGAUCAAUUAGCAGGCUGCACUGUGUCGGGCUGCUAUGAGUUCACGAUGCUUACUUAGCUGCCGCGGCUAUCGCCAUCCGGCUUAAACUCUGCCCUACCAUAAGGGUACUGUCUGCGAUGGAAAAGCAAGCCAUGACUGAGCUGCGCCUAACCGCACCUACACUACCAGACCUUAUCGUACUGGGCCCAACCGCACCUACACUACCAGACCUUAUCGUACUGGGCCCAACCGCACCUACACUACCAGACCUUAUCGUGCUGGGCGUAACCGCACAGCCCGGUGGAAACGCGUCAUUAAAGACAGAGAGGAAAGGACUUCUCGCCUUGACAACUCAUUUCUGGUCAAUAGUUCUGUAUGCGAUCGGUGCUCUCAUUCGUCUGUGAGCGUGACACCUUUGAAGGUCUCCUUUGAAGGUGACACCUUCAAACAGUGAGAACCAUAGACUACAACAUUGUCUCAGUAGGCCAUUCCAGCUAUUAGAUCUGAUCAAUAAUGUCAUCAACACACACAAACACACCUAUAUGUUUAGUUCUGCCGUGAUAUCCUGUUUUAAUUGGAAAGGCUUCGAGCCACAGAAAAGUUGUACUGAUAACUUUUGAUGUGAGCCAUGUGAGCACAAACAGCAGGGAAUAGACUGGGCUUUUGUAACAGCUGGAGACUGAGACUCGGGAUCAAAAGAGUGUACAGUUCUGCAUUAGAACAUUCUCAAUGGGAGAAAACUAAAGAAAUGUGUGCUGGCCGAAUGUACCUAGACACUGUUUAAUCGUUCCUUGACAUAUAUUAUUUCCUAACCUUUCUUGUAAAAUAAGCUAAAAUUUUUGGGGUAUUUUUUUAUUCAGGGCCUCUGAGUUAAUCGCAUAAAGUAUACCUGCUCUCUGUAUAACAAGAGAUGGAAGCGAUACUUAUGCAACCAAUUUUUUCCAUUUGCAGGAAUAAUGUCAACACUC